AGCGCAACUUUCAUUGAAGCAGCGUGGGCGGCAAACUGUUGUACCUUAUAAAUAGGGGCUGCUGGCGGGUGCAGACGACACUCCAGUAGUGACAGCAUAACCCUCGCCGCCGCCACCUGUCGUCGCGGUCCCUGACACCUCGCCUGCCUACGCACUUCCACCUCUGCACUACAAAAGAUGAACCUGAGCGAAAUUAUGCUGGUGCUGGGUUCGCUGCUGCUUGCGGUGCACUCAAGCAGCGCGUUGGCCCUGCUGCGACCCAAGCUGGUGCGACAGACGCGCUCCUGGCGCACGAUCCCCGCGUACCAGGAGCCGCUGCCCGCCUACUACCCGGCCUAUGACGAGUUCGAGCCGUUCGACUACGCCACCGCCGUCGAGGACGAGUACGCCGACGAGCCCGGUUCCAACCUGCCCAUCGGCCAGGAGACCUGGUUCGAGGCCGAAAAGUCAAAGGUCAACGAUGCCUUCAUGCACAACCUCAUGGAGCUGUACAGGCAUGAGCCGGCGCAGCAGCAGUACUACGAGCCCCACUACAACUCCUACGACCAGCCCCAGUACUACUCGAGCGACGAGCAGCAGCUGAAAGUGCUGAAGAGGGAUUUCUCCUCUAGCACAGCGGCGCCGGCGGUGGCCUCGGCUGUGAGCAGGCCGCCCGCACAGCAGGGCCAGAAGGAAGUAGCCAUGCUGCGGCCGCCGAACCCGCUCAAAGGCCACGCCGAGGCCAAGCCCACGGCCCACCCCGCGUCCAUCUAUGACGCCAUCAAGAGGCUGUUCACCAUCCAGGACCUCCAGGAGGGGCAAAGCCACAUCAAAAAGACUCAGAAAAGAUAUGCUCCUAGCGAAGAAUCCCUUGUCAAACAACUGAACAGCCUCAAGAAGAUGUCAGCCUAAGAUCGAUUCUCAGCAGCAUAUUUCCACAAAAAGAACUUCACAGCAAAGCAAACGGCCUCCCUUUGAGAAGAGAAAAAACCAAAAGGACGAAGGUGGGCCACGGGCCAAGUAAUAAAACAAAACCAGUCGACUGAUCAAACACACUGACUCUUAACUACUAUGUUAAUUAACUCAUAAUUAGUUUACGCAGAUUUGUAUUUUAAUAUAAAAAGCCAAAAGAAACUGAAGAAGGGUUGCUUUUGAACAAAAAGAAGUGUGAAACGCUCUGAGAUUCGAAACACUCCCAACCAAACAAACAUAUUCUCUUCUCAUUUCGGCAUAUCAUUCGCAAGUGAAAGAGAUGAAAAAUCGAGUUAUAUUUUUGAUUCCACGGAGUUUAAUCGCAAAUAGCAGACGAGCAGCGGAAAAGUCACCUGUGAUAAAAAAGAUAUAAAAGCAAAAUAGUCACGAUUUUAUUUUUUCUAAAAAAAAGCUGUUUUCAUUCGGUUGUUUAUGAUGCCUAAUUUGUCUUAGAAAAAAUUAAAUCUACACAGCAAACACUGUAAAAAACCAGUCUGCUAUUUUGUAAACGGUUUAUUAAGAGAUGAACGAUUAUCGUUUCAUUUUCGUCAAAUUGCGAUACAAAAAAUAGGGUCUUCCUAGCAGUAAAUGUGGCAGUGAAUUGCUUAAAGAAGCAAUAUUCCAAAUCUCCCCACUUCACCAUCAACAAUGACUAACUACCAAAAAGUACAGUAAAAUUAGUAAAACUCCGAUCGAUUUAUACAUUAUGCACACGUUUAUGCAUGCUAUACGCUGUUACAACACUUAUAACCAGUAGAGAAGUAGAGAUAUCUCUCGGUGGAUUAGAUCGAGUUGUGUAAACAAAACAAUUGUAAUUUACCCGCAAACUGUGUAAUUUCUGUAUAUUAUCGACAUCAAUCGAUUCUCCCCUUGAGAAAUUGUCGCUUCAAAGUCAAUUACAAGCAUGUAUUUGAACAUGAUGUAUAUUCAAGCGCACUUGGAUCGUUUCAAAAGUUUGGAGCACUUUCUUGAUACUCUUUUGCGAAAUUUGCUGAUACACAUCAAUCUACCUCAUUGUCACACAAGCGCAGGUUUUGGUAAAAAAUCUUCGUUUUGGCCGUCAAGUCUCCAGGCAGCUUCUCGACCGAAAAUUUGGAAAUUACACAUUAUAGAUAGUCGAGAAGCAAUGUUAUUUGGUAUCAAACGAUUUGUGUCUAAAGAUUCAUAUCCUCAAACUUGGUGCAAAGUUUUCAUAGAUUGGAUGGAGAGAUAAAGGCUUAUCACACUAUUUUGUCAAAAAAUAGAGAAAACGCAGUCUGCCGCUGGAGAUUUUGGACAUUUUCCUUUCACUGUACUUUAAAAACCUUGGUGUGAAAACUGUCUCCUUUGUUAGCCAUGAUAUAUUGACAAGAACACUUAAGAAACGCACUGUGUUUGUAAGCAAAAGAGAAAUCCUAUGGUUUCCAUGAUUGUAUUUUGAAUUAAUGAACACGAUGAGUGAGUACUUUGACAAUUAAUUGCUGUACAUAUAGAUACAUACAUAUAUCAUACACGAUAUUAAAUAUGUAUAUGCAUACUUUGUACGAAUACGAAACAAUUCAAACGUACAUACUUCAUAUGACGACCUAAUUAACUAACGAUUUCUGACAAAAUGCAAAACUAAUUGUUACAAUUUUCGCUGUGUAGAUUUUGUGCAGAAAAUACAAUAAAUUUUGAUCAACAAUACAUAAA